AUGGAGGUCGUCGGCGUGACGCUAGGAGAUGUGACAGUGGAACAUAAACUAUUUGAUGGCGUUAACUUCCCAAUCCUUUGUCCUGGAAAUGUAUCAGAUCAUCUAGAGAAGAUCAGAAAAUUGAAAUACAAGGAAAGCGAUGUAUUCAUCAUGUCCUACCCAAGAAGUGGGACACAUUGGGUGAGAGAAAUCGUCGCCAUGUUGUUGAAAGGAAAAGCGGAAUACAUCGUUAACGAUAAUAUCGAUUUUCCGUUAGAACUUUUGGAUAUCGACACUAUCGAGAGGGAAGCAUCUCCAAGAAUAUUCUAUUCUCAUAUGCCGUUUCGAUUUCUACCACAGGACCAUAUAGAACGAAAUGGAAAAGUGAUCGGAUGUUUCCGUAACCCGAAGGAUGUGAUUACGUCAUCGUUUCAUUUCCUUAAUAACCUUAUUACCAGUAAUCUCAACUGGGAUGCUUUCUGUGAUGCGGCGUUGAAUGGAAACGUCACUUACGGAAGCUGGUUUGAUUGGCGCGAUAAUUGGAAGACUACACUGAAACAACACGCAGAAAACCCUCCACUUACAGUCACCUACGAGGACACCAGUAAGGAUCUAAGAAAACAGAUAGGCAGAAUUGCAGACUAUCUAGAGGUGACCUACACAGAGGCUCUAAUCAACGACAUUGCGCAUAUGUGUGAGUUCAAAAACAUGAAAGCUGCCAAGUCCAGACAGAAGUCCGACAUGAUGAAGAGAAUCGAUGAUGGAAUCCACCAGUUGGAUGGCGUCGAACUGGAUAACAUCAAUGAAAAUAUCGUUCAAAACAGUGUUGUUCGUAAAGGGAUCGUAGGGGACUGGAAAAGUAUAUUUACAUCGGACCAGAUAGAAAAGUUUAACGCAAUGUAUCGCCACAGGUCCAUUCCGGAUCACCAGUUGGAAUUCAAAGAAUACUUGGAGGACUGA